UAUAUCAAAAGCAAAUUUUCCGCGGAAACAGUAACGAAUAUUAUCUCAUUAUCAGUCACUUGAAAACAGUUUAGUCGAUUCUUCAUAUGUCGUAAAAUUUCUUUUAUUACAAAUACAACACUGUCACAACUAAUUCAUCGUGGCAUAUAAUUAUAAAAUGCGCAUUUGUACUCUAUUCUUCAACUGCUUCUUCUUCUUCUAUUUCUUCUUUACAUUAUUAGCAAUCAUCAUUGGUUCAUCACAAGCAAAAAUAUUAAGUCGAUGUGAGGCAGCAAAAGAACUUAUAAAAGGUGGUAUCUCAAAGACAUUUCUCAGCAAUUAUGUUUGUCUUAUGGAAAAAGAAAGUGGACUUGAUACCAAAAAAAUCUCUGGUCCCAAGGGACAAUCAAGCUUUUCAUAUGGUAUUUUUCAAAUAAGCAGCGGUAAAUGGUGCACUCGCGGUCGUACAGGUGGACUUUGCAUGAAAAAAUGUGAAGAUUUCGCUGACGAUAAUAUUCAAGAUGACAUUGUGUGUGCGAGAAAAAUUCAAGAGAAAGAAGGAUUCAAAUAUUGGAAUGGUUGGGUGAAAAAGUGUAAAAAUCAAACUCUACCCAAUGUUUCGAAUUGUAAACGCAAACGAAAGCGAUAAGUCAGAAGAAAAUUUUUUUAAAAAUAAAUUUUCAAAAAUCAUUAAAAGGAAGAAAAAUAAAAAAUAAAACAAAAUUUGUAAGCUUUACUUUUUUUUUUAAUUUAUAUGGAAGUUGAAUAUUUUACUUUAUAUAUUGUUGCACGGAUAUAUAACCGUAAUACAGGAUGCGAAAUAAUUGAGUUUAUCUUCAGACAUGGGAUAAUAUUCUCCGACUCUGUCAUAAUUUUUGGUUUGUGAAUAAAAGUGAAAGUGUUCGUGAGAUUCUGAUAGAAUCGGCGUUGUAUUAUAGCCUGGCGUAACUUUGUGACGAGUCUCAAACAUCUUCCUUAUAAACUGCAUUCACAAAAAUGUCCAUAAAAUUCAGUAAAAUAUUAGAUUUAAUAAAUGUUUAAAUUAUAAAAAUGAAAAGUUCUUGAAAUCAUAAAAUUCUUUUAUAUAUUAUACACUCAUUUUAAAAUUUAUUUUUAUUUAUUUAUUUUUUUUUUUGAAACACGACAUUAACUUUUACUUCUUUUUCCUUAUUUGCAUUGAUUUUAUUGUGUCUAUAUAACAAAACUGAAAACGAAUGUUAUUUCCUCUAGAGAGAGAGAGAGAGAGAAAAUGUAUAUUAUGCCAUUUUGUAAAAACGUAAAUCAAAAUAUAUUUUCAAUUUUCUACA